AUGAAAAAUCUCUCAACAAAGGAAAAAAUUUCUUUUGACGCCAUUUGGAAGCGCCUCAAGUUCAUGGAUGCCGCCGUUGGACUUUUUUUGUUCCGAGAUCCGUCGGAAAAGGUCUCUCCUUGGUUGAAAUUUCUUACGCGAGUUCAACUGCGACAUGCAAUUUUGGUGCCUUUGGUAUUAAUUUCGACAGUUGUCAUCACAAAAUUCGCUCUGAUCAACAUAAUUUUCUGCUUUUCUCUCGUAACGUUGCUGCUGCCGCUGCAUUGCACUCUGAUCUCGUGCGAAUCGAAGCAAAAGAAUCUCCGGAGACUCUUCAAGUGGUGCGCGUCACUAUAUGACGUGAAAAGAAGUUUUCGCGAACAAAUUCGGGAAAUUGCUGCAACGCAUUUAGCGUCGUUGGAGAAAAGGGCGUCGUUCGCAUUGAAGUGGCUCACGAUAAUUUUGUACAUCGACAACGCCGGAUACUCGUUGGGCUUUGCAAUCAUCGGAAUUUGCUUGCCGGAUGACAUUUAUCCGAAAUUUAAGUUGCCUGUUCCGUUUUAUUUUCCCUUCAGCGUGUGGGAAAAUUGGCCAGCAUUUCUUCUGACAAUUUUUGGUCAAUUUAUUAUUGCUUUCGAUGGAGCUUCGAUCACAAUUUACGCGUUUGGCCUCUAUUUUUGCACCUGCUUUCACGUUUUGUGCUAUUUGGACAUCAUUUUAGCCUCAGUUCGGCAGCUGCGGAAGGAAAUGCUCGCCAAUUUGGAAGGUUUCGUCAUCAAGGAGGACCUAAAAUUCGAAAAAUGGAUUAAAAUUUUGACAGAUAUGAUCGUUGAUGUUCACGUCAAUGCGAAUAUUUGCAACGAUUUGUUCAAAAUUACCGCUUUUUUGUUGGAAAUUGCGAGUCUCGGAUCGUUUUUCAUUUUUGGCUUGAUAAUGAUGGUCCUGAAAGAGCAAUAUUUGUUUGGGUUUGGCAUUAUUUUUGUCAUGUUCUUGUUUUACGUCGUUUGUUUCGUGAACGAAAAAAUUCGCGAUAGAUUUUGCGAAAUCAACAAGGCUUUGUAUAACCUUCCGUGGUACGGAUUGUCAGUGCCGCAGAAAAAGCAACUUUUGAUGAUCCUGAAUUGCGAUAAAAUUCAACAAGGAGUCAGUUCGGCAGGCAUUCACUACUUAACGGUGCAACGAUUCGCCUCUGUCGUUAAAGCUGGCUACACUAAUUUGCUCAUUUUGAAAGAUUUGAUCCAAAAAUAA